UCCAGUUCCACACAGCUGUCUCUCAGAUCGACUGUGCUCCUGUCCCGGUGUCAGGGCGCGAUGAUUUACCACAAACGUCCCGAUAGAGUGACAUUUAGGAGAUUUAUCGCGAUUCGGACCGAAGAAUCUGCUGUGUGACUUUGGUGUUUCGGUCUUCAGUUCCUGGGAGAGGAUGCGAGAGAUGGCCGGGAACGUCCGGCUCUGGACCCCGAAGCAGGUGGGCCGCUGGCUGCGUGACGAGGGCUUCUGCGAUUACGUGGAUCUGCUGUGUAACAAACACCGUCUGGACGGGACCAGCCUGCUGACGCUGAGCGAGUACGACCUGCGCUCUCCUCCGCUGGAGCUCAAGGUCCUGGGAGACAUCAAACGGCUGAUGGUGUCCCUCCGAAAGCUGCAGAAGCAGAACGCUGAUGUGUUAGAGGAGCUCGGGCUGUCCUACGACGGACACUCGCCUCAGAACAGCACAGCUGGAGUGGACUGGCUGUGUAACGGUGAAUCUGUGCGUGAUUGCGAUGCCGUGUUGGACACGUUGAGUGAUGAUCAGUAUCAUCAAUACAACAACGGCAAAUACAAGCAGCAGCCGAGGAGACUGGACCCUGAGUACUGGAAGACCAUCAUCAGCUCCGUCUACGUGGUCUUCGUCUUCGGCUUCACCUCCUUCGUUAUGGUGAUCGUCCACGAGCGAGUGCCAGACAUGAGAACGUACCCGCCGCUGCCGGACAUCUUCCUGGACAGUGUACCCAGAAUCCCCUGGGCGUUUGCAAUGGCUGAGGCCUGUGGCGUGAUCCUCUGUUCUGUUUGGCUGCUAGUCCUGCUGCUUCAUAAACACAGGUCCAUCCUGUUGAGGCGCUUGUGUAGUCUCAUGGGGACGGUCUUCAUGCUGCGCUGCAUCACUAUGUUUGUGACAUCUCUCUCUGUCCCGGGACAACACCUGCAGUGCACUGGGAAGAUGUACGGAGACAUAUGGGCGAAGCUGCAGCGUGCCGUGGCCAUAUGGAGCGGUUUUGGCAUGACGCUGACCGGAGUGCAGACGUGUGGAGAUUACAUGUUCAGCGGACACACCGUCGUCAUCACCAUGCUCAACUUCUUCGUCACUGAGUACACGCCGCGCAGCUGGAACUCCAUCCACACGCUCUCCUGGGUCCUCAACCUGUUCGGCAUCUUCUUCAUCCUGGCAGCGCACGAGCACUACUCCAUCGACGUCUUCAUCGCCUUCUACAUCACCACCAGACUCUUCCUGUACUACCACACGCUGGCCAACACUCGAGCCUACCAGCAGAGCCGCCGCGCACGCAUCUGGUUCCCCAUGUUCUCCUUCUUCGAGUGCAACGUUAAGGGCCCUGUUCCUAACGAGUACUGCUGGCCGUUCACUCGGCCCGCCUUCCUCAGACGCAUCAUCGGCUGAUCCUCCACAGAUACCAGGAUGUAGAGGAGGCCAAACCCUCUCGAUCAGUGCUGAAGGACUCUUCCUCCGUCUGUGUUUUACUUCACAACAUUCAGAAGCAUAAUGUUGUACUUUUGACUGCACUACGUUUCAUAUUAAAUAUCGCGUUACAGAUCUAGUACUUUCUUACUAUUACACAAGUAAAAGUAAUUAAAAGAUUUACUGGAGUAAAAAAAAA